AUGUCGCUACCGAUAUCCGGCGACGUUCCGGAGCUGCUGCUGCGCGAAUCUUCGGCCAGUUCGAUCGAGAAGACAAACGAAGGGAAAGAUGGAUUCGUCGAGGAGAAGAUCGACAUCACUGAAGCCUCGUCUGAUGUUGACACAGAUUCUGAAGUGAAAAUCAUUCGCAAAGCAGAGGAUGUUGCGAUAGAGAUCCUCUCAACGGAAGACCAUCCCGAAUUACCUGUGUUCACUUUCCGUGCCAUGUUCUUGGGGACUGGACUUAGCGCGUUCGGCGCAGUUCUUGCCACAAUUUAUACUUUUAAACCUCAGAACGCCUCGGUAUCUCAAUUGUUUUGCCUCAUCAUUGCAUAUAUUCUUGGAACUCUGAUGGCUGCUAUCAUCCCUUCGCAUGGUUAUUGGAAAUAUCUCAACCCGGGACCGUUUAAUAUCAAAGAGCAUACAAUCAUUGUCAUUAUGGCGUCGACUGCGUCGACUGUGGCAGUUGCCAUGGAAGUUAUCGCAGCGUUGAAUCUCUUCUAUGAUAUCCGAUUAAACGGAGCAGUAGCGAUCUUCCAGAUUUUCGCUAGUCAAAUGAUUGGGUAUGGUAUAGCUGGUGUUUUGCGAUCCCUUCUUGUAUACCCCACCUACGCGUUCUACCCAACAUAUAUAUCUGUUGUCAAUCUUUUGCAAAGUCUGCAUUAUGGGGGAGUUCUUAACCAGAAGCGAAGGAAAUAUUUCUGGAUCGUCUUCGCCGCUAUUUUCUGCUGGGAAUGGAUUCCACAAUAUCCCUUUCCGCUUCUGACAGCAAUAUCCGUCGUUUGCCUCAUAGAUAAUGGGCGGUCUAUAUUUGUGCGCAACCUGUUCGGUGGUGGAUCCAGUAAUGAAGGCAUUGGCUUGUUGAGCUUUAGCACAAGUUGGACGCUCAUUACACAAGGCUAUCCUCUUGUAUGGCCUCUCCAAACGCAGGUGAACUCAUACAUUGGCAUGGCCAUUGGCUAUGUCGUGCUCACCGUGUGCUACUACUGGAAUGUUUUCAAUGGUCGUGAUCUUGUUUUCAUGUCCACGGCGUUAUUUGGGGGCAAUGGAAGUACUUACAACCAAAGCGCAAUUUUGACGCCCGAUAAUCAGCUUGAUCCCACAAAGCUUGCAGAGGUCGGACUGCCGAGGUUUUCGACAACGUACGCGAUAAGUCAAAUGUGCUACAAUUUCAGUUUGGGUGCGGCCAUCGUACAUGUCCUGCUUUGGUAUUGGGGUGAUUUGAAGAAUGCCUUCGGUCAAAUGAACUUCCUUCAGAACUCACAUGAUAUUGACGAUCCACACUACCAAGAGAUGAAAAAGUACCGUGAGGUUCCGCAGUGGUGGUACAUUGCCUUAUUCGUCGUGUCCAUUGGCGUUGGCAUCGGAUGUAGUUACACGACGGGGACCGCGCUCAUACCUUGGUGGAGUAUUAUUUUGUUCACUGUGAUCAGCUUUUUCCUCGCUAUUUGCCUUGGCUUCAUCAUGGCGACAACCGGAUUUAGUAUCUCUGUCAAAUAUGCCAUCCAAAUACUGGCUGCUUUCAUUCAUCCAGGUAACCCAGUCGCUGUCAUGUACGUCAACUUGUAUGGCAAUAGUACGGCGUACCAAACGCUAUACAUGUUGCAAGAUUUGAAGUUAGGGCAGUAUACCAAGCUUCCCCCACGGACAACAUUUGCGGCACAGAUGGCUGGCUCGAUUAUUGGAUCAAUUUUUAACUACGCUAUGAUGAUCUCCAUAGUCGACAACAAUAGAGCAGUUCUGCAAAACCCAGUCGGAACUCGUAUCUGGAGCGGAUGGAUUAUACAAAGCUAUAACUCGGCGUCAGUGGCUAUGGGUGCUCUUGGGGAAGAACUAUUCACAUAUGGAAAACCGUACUACAUGCUAGCGUUUGCCAUAUUCGUCGGCCUCGCGUUUCCUGUCCCAUUCUGGUUGAUACAUAGGUAUGCAAAGCCAGGUUCGAACAUCGCCAAAUGCGCGGCAUAUAUCAACACGCCGAUCAUCGCCCUGUAUGCUGGAUAUCUUCCAUAUUCAGUGAAUGGGCAGUGGUGGUCAUGCGUCGUGAUUGGGUUUGCGUCCCAAUGGUGGGCUAGGACAUAUAGACCCGCCUGGUUCAAGAAGUACAACUAUCUUACGUCGGCGGCGCUCGAUGGAGGGAGCCAGGUCAUUAUGUUCAUUCUGAGCUUCGCGGUCUUUGGAGCAAGCAACACAGCCGUUCCAUUUCCAUACUGGUGGGGCAACCCAGAGAACCUGUCCGUCGAUAGAUGUGCCCUGACGGACGACUAA